UACAACUCAUUCCAAACAUGGCGCACCAAAAAAGUGUGCCAUUCCCGCGUUUACUGCCAAUUCUGCUGAUCCUAAUGGCGUCUGUCGCCGGCAGCAUCGUGGUGGCAGAAGCUCGUAGUCUCUUAAACCUCAACCCUCGGAACCCACCCCCUCCUCCGCCACCUCCGCCACCCCCGCCUCCCCCAGUAGUGAUUCUUCCGCCGCUGCCAUCAGUACUGCCUCCGGUGAACAUCCCGCCGCUGCCAUCAGUACUGCCUCCGGUGAACAUCCCGCCGCUGCCAUCAGUGACUCCGGUGAGCAUUCCGCCGCUGCCAUCACUGCCUCCGGUGAACAUCCCGCCGCUGCCAUCACUGCCUCCGGUGAACAUCCCGCCGCUGCCAUCAGUGCCUUCAGUGACUCUUCCUCCAGCGAGUCUUCCGCCGCUGCCAUCAGUGCCUCUGCCUCCAGUGCGUCUUCCGCCGCUGCCAUCACUGGUGCCUCCGGUGACAAUCCCGCUGUUCCCGCGGCUACCAUAAACGAUGGAGGACCGUACCGCAUUUGAGCUAAGCUCCAUGGCUUGCCGGCCGCCCUAUAUCGUCUCAAAUACUCACUAUAUAUUAUCAUCUUCUCCGAUCCCUUUGCUUUAUAUAAGUAUCCCUCUCUACUACAUAUAAUAUUUUCCUUAUUUUACUUUCUAUGCCCCUCUGUAGUCCGUACCGUACGCACGUAAUAAUAUUGGAAUAAACGGCGAGCCACUUAUAUAUAUA